AAAGCUGUUGGUAUUUGGUGGUGGGGACGUUUGGCAUCGCGAGACUGUAGCGAGGCAUGGCACAAGAUGAUGCCGCCGUGACACCGUCGAGUGCUCCACGGCGACAGCCUCUCGUUCGCAGCAACACCGCGCCAACCAACGCCAAGUUGCCGAAGCGUCUGACAAAGAGAGCGUCCAACUACCUCGAGCGCGCCAGCGAUCCCGCUGCCUCCGCGCACGUUGUUAUCCAGGCGAAAAUCAUCCGCGGCGGCUAUCGCCAACAUGUCGAGCGCAUGGCGAAAGCAGUCAUCGUGAUGGAGAGGCAAAAACACAUUGCGAGUAAAGGCGCAGUGCGCUGCGAGAUGUGGCGGUCGGAUGUGACGUGCGCCGCGUGGCAGGUCGACGACCGGCGCUGCGCUCUCCACCACACGUUUAUAUUACGUCUCAUCGACGGCAUCAAACUGCACCUCCUCCACAUGCGAAAACCGUACAAGGCACCCACCAUUGUGUACAGCAACGCGGCUCUCUCGACCCUUCAGUGGCAAGUCCCUCGGAAGCCCACUGAAAAGCAAUUCGCAAAUGGGGGGCGGCACACGAUGCACUUAGUCGAUGUCAUGGCCAUCGUCCCGUGGUCGAAUGCGCUGCCCCCGGAGUUUGUAUCCAUGCACCACAACGUGCUCGAGAAGCAAGAGGAUGCCGCCGCAGACGGCGCAUGCGCUCGUGUACCGCAACCUCCCUCGGACAAAGCAUGCGCCGCCUUCCACGCAGUCCUCGUGACGUACAUGCAUGCAAAGAAAAGAACGAAACAAAAGCACCUCCUCAUUCAAAUCCACGACGCUGACCAACAGAGCCAAAUGGUCAACUCGUUGACGAAGCUCGUGGCGGCCGCCAAAAAACGUCGCGCGCCGCCACAUGACGGCACACUGGACGUCGAGUAUGCCGAGUCGAAUCCACUGACGACACCAACUACAUCGGAUGGCGCACGUGGAAACGACCCAUGGCAUAUCCGCACGACGAUUCCUCCCGAUCACACAACUCCAAUCGUAGCCAAUGAUGCACAUGUUCACGCCACUGCUACACCUCGUCGUGCUCGCAGCGCAGCGGCCGCAGCUCCGGACGCCGAUCAAGGCUGCCAAGGGAUCGUAUCCAGCGCUGAAGGGCCACCUGUUCAUGGACAUGCAAGUGGUGGCGCCAGCGGCACUCUGCCAGACGUUUGGUUGAACAAAGUUCCAGAGGCCACAUCAAAUAACGAGAUCGCGAGCCACGACGACAUACCGUCCAACGAAGAAAGGGCCCUACCCAUGGAUCAUGCCGCAUCUCGCGUCCAUGGCGCUCCUGGCCGCUCAUCUCCUACUGCUCUUCAACCGCCGACGAAUCCAGACCAGUUCAACCUGUGCCUUCCCGCCAAUGACUCCGACGAUCCGUCGCAGCAGGGGCCUGCAGCCAGUGCCGCUCCAUGGAUCGCCCUGGCGGCAUGUUCAGCGCAGCCAGCGUGCGACAUGGGAGAUCCAACUAACCAAGUGAUCGCUGCAAGCACCGGCGCAGCGCAAGUGCCUGCAAGCGGCGCCGCGGAUAGCGACACCGACGGUAGCAUCUCCCAUGCCCCGAGCAGAGGUGGCCACAAAGUCGACCAUGACGAUGUGGCUGUGCCGGUGGAUGAACUUGCUGGCCAUGCCAACACCCCCACACAGACCGUCGCGGUAGAGUACGACUUGUAGCAUCCAUAUCCAAAUUCACACCACGAAUCUUUCA